AUGGCUAGCGAACACCUGGCAGCAGUCCUCCCCCAACAAGGCGGCCACUUCGUGGUUCAGCCCCGUCCAACCCUCGACCCCGGCCCCGGCGAGCUCCUAAUCGAAGCCAAAGCCAUUGCCGUCAAUCCAGCCGACUACUCCCAGCGUGAUAACGGAUUCCCUCCUGUUCCCAGCUACCCCACCGUCAUCGGCUCAGACGUCGCCGGCGUUGUCGUCAAGACUGGGCCCGAUGUUCCGGACAGUGCUCCCAAGCCAGGGACCCGCGUCACGGCAUUCGCUAGUUCGUUCUUUAAGGGUGGUCUCGCACAAUACGGCGGCUUUCAGCAACUAGUCCUAGCUAGCCAUGAGGGCGUCGUGCCUCUACCUGACAACAUCUCCUUCGAGGAGGGCGCGGUCUUCCCUUUGGCUGUUCUGGCUGCGCUCUCUGGAUUUACUACGAUCGACAUCCCGCUUGACACCAGGUAUGCGCCGGAGGACAAGAAGGCAAUCUUGAUCUGGGGUGGUGCUAGUAGUGUCGGAACCAUCGCAGUUCAAUUCGCCAGGGAGCUUGGUUUUACGGUCUAUGCUACCGCGAGUGAGAAGAAUCUGAGAUAUCUGGAAUCCCUGGGUGCCCAUCGGGUCUUUGACUAUAGGGCCGAGGACGCCGUACAACAGAUUGUGGCUGCGGCUAAACAGGACAGUGUCACCUUGACUUACGCACAGUGCGCUGCUGGGGACUCGCUCCAGUCGGUCUUGGAUGUCUUGAAAGAGACGAAGGGAGACGGUCAGGGAGUGGUUGGACACGCGCCUCCAUUACUGCCCGGCGCUCCUUCCUUGGACGGGGUCGACGUCAGAUUCUCUCUGCCGCCCAUGGAUCCUGAUGCUAGAACACAGCAUAUUAGCCAGGCGUUUCAAGGCUGGCUUGCACCUGGCCUUGCAGCGGGCACUGUUGUUCCCAGCCCGCGUGUACAGAUUGUGGAUGGAGGAUUGGCGGGAUUGAACUCUGCGCUGGAUACUUUGAAGCAGGGGGUCAGCGCAACCAAACUUGUCGUUCGACUCUGA